AGCCCCGAUUCUGCAGAUUCCUGCCGCUGCUGCAGGAGACAACCCCAGCCAACCUCAAAACCUCACAACAACCUCACAACCGGCAGCAGCGUACGGACAAUUGGCAGAAGAAGCCAAACCCGACAGCCGCCAUGUCGGAUCCGUCAAAGCUGCCCUUGGCGCAAAACAUUUUUAGGACCAACGACAGUAGAUUUGCGGACGCAGGUGAGAGUAGCCGCAGAUGGGGCAUGGCUUUGCCUGCGCCCAUUAAGCCGCCCCUGGAUGGAUAAAGUAUGUCUGACCAACUUUCAAGACUGGGCAAUGGACAACACUUCGGAGGUGAUAUGUGCUGUGGCUGAUGAAUUUGACGAUAUCAUCCAAAAUGCGGAAGACCUACUGCGGAAGAUAGAAGCCAACAAACAUGCGGCUAUUUUGACUGCGAUCACUGCACGCCGGAUCCGGACCCUUGCCAAGGAACAAGAGCCCAGUGGAAGCUGGCGACGAAUGAUAAAAACUGUGUCAGCCUAUAAGAAAUUGAUGCCGGACGAAAUGACCGUCUUGAUCGCUUUGCAAUCCGAUAGGGACGAAACCAGGGCCAAGCGAGACCGGGAUCCACAUAUUGUCCUCCUCCGGUCGAUCUAUAAGGCGAAAAUGGACGAAAAACCACGGAAUGGACAGCUGGAUGCUAUGCCGCCGGCUGAGAAGUGCUGGUUCAAGCCCUAUAUUGAUGACGACGUUAAGCACUCAUCUCCAUUUAAUGAAGAUGACGAAGUAGCGGUCAUGAGUAGUUUUAUUUAUGCCAAAAAAAACCAAUUUGCAUGAUCCUUUGCCGGUUUCUAUGUUCAGACUGGAAUGGACUGUGUAACAGGAACUUCUGUUUUUAUUUUAUUACAGCAGCAGAGUAGCUGAACCGACGACGAGUGGAAACAUUUUACGGAGAUUGUUAGAGUACCAGAAAAGGCGUGGCCUGUCGGCUUGAUCGUACUGCAAGCCAUAGCCAACAGAAAAAUCACGUCGUCGCCACUCAAGGGCAAAAACCCUUGUAUCACGUAUAGCGGGUGCCGUAAAAUAAUGCCCGGAGACAAUGAGGACUGGAUCCGUGAUCGUCUGCCUAAACUGGUUAAAACACUAAAAACAGGCAACUUUAACACGCUGCCGUCAUUCAAGACACGAAAUAGAAGAGCAGCCCGCGCGGCAGCAGAAGCCCUUCGGAUGAAUCAGCCGGUAUCGGUAGCCCCUGGUGCCAACCAAAAGAAAUGCAAAUCCAAGUCGACAAAGCAAGCACUGCCGGUGGCCGGUGCGGAGAUGGGUUCAAAAGCCAUGGACCGGACGGAAUCCGGCACCGGGUCAUCAGUGCAGAUCUUGGCUACUGAG